ACUCUCACACCCCAUCUCAUCUCCUUGUGAUCAGUUGUAUUAACUAUCCAUCAACUUAGGCACAGGGAUGGGUUCCCCGCCUCUUCUCUUGCUUUUCUCCUUCCUGUUAAUGCUUCAACAUGCUACCCGAGCCGAGCAAACCAGGCACUACAAGUUCAACAUACAAAUAGCAAAUGUGACUCGGCUUUGCAGCACAAAAAGCAUCCUGACGGUGAACGGGCAGUUCCCGGGGCCAAAGAUCGUCGCCAGAGAAGGGGACCGAGUCGUCGUCAGGGUGACCAACCAUGUCGAUCACAAUGUCACCAUUCACUGGCAUGGAGUUCGGCAGCUGCGAAGCGGCUGGGCGGACGGCCCCGCCUACGUGACCCAAUGCCCCAUCCAAACAGGGCAAAGCUAUGUGUACAACUUCACCAUUGUGGGGCAAAGAGGCACUCUGUUUUGGCACGCCCACAUCUCAUGGCUCAGGGCCACCCUCUACGGCCCUAUCAUCAUCCUUCCCAAGCUUGGUGUUCCCUAUCCCUUCGGCAAACCCUACAAAGAAGUCCCCAUCAUUCUUGGGGAGUGGUGGAAGACUGAUACAGAGGCCGUCAUUAGCCAAGCUCUUCAGACCGGAGGAGCCCCUAACGUUUCAGAUGCCUACACGAUCAAUGGCCUUCCUGGUCCCUUGUACAACUGCUCAGCUCAACAUACCUUCAAGCUGAAGGUGAAGCCGGGGAAGGUGUAUUUGCUUCGCCUAAUCAACGCUGCAGUCAAUGACGAGCUGUUCUUCAGCAUCGCCAACCACACCGUCACCGUCGUCGAAGUCGACGCUGGUUACGUGAAGCCCUUCGACACCGAGAUCGUCCUCGUAUCCCCCGGCCAAACAACCAACCUGCUCCUCCGCACCAAGCCCUACUUCCCUGGUGCCAUGUUCCUCAUGAAGGCCAGGCCCUACGCCACCGGCCAAGCCACCUUCGACAACACCACCGUCGCCGGCUUUGUGGAAUAUCAGAAACCCUACAGCGUAUCCGCCUUCGACAAGAAGCUCCCGCUCCACAAACCAACCCUCCCGGCAUUCAACGACACGUCGUUCGCGGCAAACUUCGCUGGAAAAUUGCGCAGCCUGGCGACGGUCCGAUUCCCCGCCAACGUGCCGCAGUCGGUGGGCCGGCGGUUCUUCUUCACCGUGGGACUGGGGACGAAUCCGUGCCCGGUCAACGGGACGUGCCAGGGGCCGAACGGCACCAAGUUCGCGGCCGCCGUCAACAACGUGUCGUUCGCGAUGCCGACCACGGCUCUGCUCCAGGCGCACUACUUCGGGCAGUCGAGGGGCGUCUACACGCCGGACUUCCCGGUGUACCCACUCCGCCAGUUCAAUUACACCGGAACUCCGCCGAACAACACGAUGGUGGGCAACGGGACGAAGCUGGUGGUGCUUCCGUUCAACGCCAGCGUAGAGUUGGUGAUGCAGGACACGAGCAUUCUUGGCACGGAGAGCCACCCGCUGCACCUCCACGGCUACAACUUCUUCGUCGUGGGACAGGGCUCCGGCAACUUCGACCCCGCCAAGGACCCUGCCAAUUUCAACCUGGUGGAUCCGGUGGAGAGGAACACCAUCGGCGUUCCGGCCGGCGGAUGGGUGGCCAUAAGAUUCCUGGCCGACAAUCCAGGUGUGUGGUUCAUGCAUUGUCACAUCGAGGCGCACAUGAGCUGGGGCUUGAAGAUGGCGUGGCUGGUCCUCGACGGGAGCCUUCCCAGCCAGAAGCUGCCUCCUCCGCCGUCGGACCUACCAAAGUGUGGAUGAUCUUCCGAAUCAAUUCAUUCUUUAAUUUGCUGGUAUUUGGACGACUAACUCGCAUGGACCGUCCUGAGUCAAAUUUGAUUGUUUUUUUGCAUCUCGCUUUCUCGUUUCUUUUUGGUGUGUUGAACUUGUACUUUGGCCACUCUCUUGCUUUAAUAAGAUUGCAAUUUAGUCAUUUUGUA